AUGCUGGUGUGUUCCGCCGAAACAACGCACGUUCCCAUCAAGCAGGACGCCAAGGCCCUGCUACGGCGCCAGGCGCGGGAUAGGCGUCGAGAGGAGAAGCAUAAGGCCCUGCUGACCCGUGCCGAAUCCAAAGUUGUGCUGGACGGGGCAGAUGUCGGACAAGACGAGACUCUUCUUCCUGUGCAUCAUGUCAACGUUGAUGUCUUCAAGCUUGCAGACGAGGCUGCGAACUUGACUGCAGGUUUGGGGAAUCUUCAUGUUAUAGUCGAGUCCGCCGAGGUCGUCGUGGAUGAAGCACCGACGCCGGAGUUCAUUCCUGCAACGCCAGCCCUCUCCGACACAGUAAUCUUGGGUGGAUCCCCCUCUCCCGCUCUCACCGAAGCGACGCUCGUGGACAUCGUUGCAGACGCUCCUCCCCUCGGCGCUAAGGAACCUCGGCUCAUCGUCGAGGCUCUUGUCGUACGCAAGAUGUCUAUUGACGAAGGCUUCCUAGACUUCGGCGGCUUCUCCGUGAUAUGA